CUGAGAGGAGGACGCGUUCACUUUGUUUGCCAACACCGAAAGCUGGACUUCUUUGGGGGGGGAAAAAAAAUCUCAAUCUAGGAACGAGAUUUGAAUUGAGUUUAUUCUGUUUUAUCCUCCUCCUCUUUGCAUUUUCUAAGAAUUAAACGGAAAAGUUGUGACAGCUUUACAAAGAAGACAGAGAGAGAGAGAGAGAGAGAGAGAGAGAGAGAGAGAGAGAGAGAGAGAGAGAGAGAUUUGCCCUGAAGGCUUUGAAAGAAGAAACAGGAGCCAGAUAAAAAAAAAAGGGCAGCGAUAAUCUGCACAGCUGCUGCGUGGAGGGAAGGAGACGCAGACAGAUAAAGAAAGCAAGCGAGGUGAACAAGUGCGAAGGACGAGGAGAGGAGACAGACGAGGACGAGCGUUCGCGUUGAAGGCCGCGGCAGAUAUAAAUACAAAGUGAAGACAAAACCCAGAGGGACACCUGUCGUCAAAUUAGCAGCAAUGGAGACGCGGCGGGAAGAGACGAGAAAGCUGGACUGAGGAGGGACGUUAAAACACGCCGGGCUCGAGCGAAGCGAGACGAGAGGGUUUCUUCAUCAUGAUUUCUUCAGGUGGCGUCCCAAAAUCCAACGACCUGCACGGGAGGAGCAACUUCGUCCCAGGAUAGAAUGAGAAGAGGAGCUUGAUCAGUCAGAACAGUCCUGCUUUCACAUUAACUUCUCCAACUCCCCCCACCCCCUGAUCUCCAUCCCCUCACUAUGUGGAUACCAGCUGUGCUCCUAUGGAUGCUUUACUUCAGCUGUCUGUGCUCAGGUCAAGACUACAGGGACUAUUACCAAACCGGAGACACGGGCACCGAGGCUCCAACCCAGUCAGAUGACCAGUCCAGUUUGGAGACAGUGACCAGCAUGGACCAGCUGCUGCAGCUUUUCUACCCUGAAUACAGCUUGAUCCAGCAGUGCAUGAGGAAAAGAUCCUGGCACACCUCUUCCUCGUCUUCCUUCCCUUCCUCGUCUUUUUCAACCUCUUCGGCGAGCCCUUUGGUCCGCUCCGACAACGGCGACAUGUGGGCUCCGAUGCGGGAGGAACCCGUCUACAGAGUGGACGGGACGCUAGCCGUCAUUCUGGAAGAGAUCCAGCGUACGUCGUGCCAGCCGAGAGAGGUGUGCGUUGAGGUGGCCAAGGAGUACCCAGAAUCCACCAGUCAGCUGUACCUCCCUCGCUGCGUGGCUCUGCAUCGCUGCGGCGGCUGCUGCGGGAACGAGGCGUUUUACUGCACCAACACGAGCUACAGUCUCGUCAAUAAAACCCUGAUGGAGCUGUCUCCACCCAGGAUGGAUCGCGCAGUAGCCAUGGUGACAUUCGUCAACCACACCUCGUGCGAAUGCCUCUCCAAGCGGCCGCUUCAUUCCAUCAUCAGGCGAGCGGCAACAGAUCAUCUGUGCUCCCCUCCCGAAGUCCCCUGCACCUCCGGGUCGUUAUGGGAUCCGGUGAACUGCGUGUGCGUCUCUGCAGACACCAUCAGCUACACUCAGAAACAAACAGAGGCGCUGGACUCGGGUCUGCUGGCUCUCUGCGGGCCCAACAGAGUUCUGGAAGAAUCCACCUGCGAGUGCGUCUGUCAGAACGGACUGACAGAAGCCAGCUGCUAUCCAGGCUGGAAACUGGACCAGAAUACCUGUGAGUGCCAGUGCGAAGGCCAAGGCGAGGGGAAGCUGUGUCCUGCCGGACAGCGGUGGGACGACGAGCUGUGCGGUUGUGUGUGCGCGGUGGAGUGUCCCAGAAAUCAGCCUCUCAAUCCCGACACAUGUCUGUGUCAGUGCAGAGAGAGUCCCCAGACGUGUCUACGGCAGGGCAAGAGGUUCAACCCGAACACCUGCAGUUGUUACAGGCUUUCGUGCAGAAACCCCAGACGAGAGUGCCAGGACGGAUUUUACUACAGCAGCCAGGUCUGUCAGUGCAUCCCCAAGUACAUGAAGUGGAAUUACCAAACAAGAAAGUGAGGAAGAGGGGGGUUUGUCCCGCUCAGAUCGGAAACUCUUUCCCACCCGAGUGACUCCACGCACAGGAGCGGGAAGUGGAUCUAAGUGUAGAGACAUGCAGCGUUUGCGGGAGGUUUGAGUCACUUUUCUAGUGAACCGUCUCAAACUUCCCGAGAACAAAGGGGAAAGGUUAAAAAAAAAUGUUUUAUCCAACUAAAAAGGUAACAAGGACAGAUAUUUGAUUCCUUCCACAUCUGGAAAGCCCCUCGAGUUCGACUGUAGACGCAGAGCAACAAGGUGGGAUGGACCAGACCGAGCAACGUGUUGCAGCAAGAAGAAUGCCAACCACCAACCUGCUGAGGAGCUGCAGCUCAUGCCUGUGUGAAAUGGAAUGUGAAUAAGAUAAUAACAGACCCGACUGCAUGCUUUUUUCUCCUUCCUUUUCUCUCUUUUUUUUUUUUCCUAAAUAAAUGUGGGAAAGAAAAAUCUUAAGGCAAAUUUCCAUAUUGGCUGGAAGGAAAAUCUCGUAGAGCGGAUCUCUGAAGUGUACACACCCUCUGUUCUAACGCCAGGUCCAAUCAGACCAAUGUGAAUCAUUUCCAAGAUGUGGGAUACGGACAGAUUCGAAACGGAGUCGAAAACGUAAAGAAAUGUUAAAUGCACACACUUUAAAAAAAAAAAAAAAAAAAAAAAAAGCAAAUUUUUACUCUUGUAAUUUUUCUAGUUUCAAUUUUGGGUCUCAUUUUAGUGAGAAAAACAAAAGUUUGUCUCUUUUUAUUCACUUUAUGUAAACAUCUGAUUUCAACUGUACACGUUUUAAAAUGAUUCAACUUUUGAUAUGUUUGUCAUCCAAUGUAGCUCAUUUUAACUCGGGUAUGUACACUUUUUUUU